CCCAGACGCGACACACCAAAGAAUUGCCUCCCCGAGCGAAAGGACCUCAACAACCAAAGGAUCUUCAAUCCCAACAAAUUGGACUCCUUUAGCCAGAAGAACCACCCCUGCCUGAUUCAUAACAACCAUUCCUCCUGUCGAGUGGGACGCAUGCUUGAUAGCCCCAUCCCACUGACAAAGAAACGAACAAGGGGUGAAAUCCCCUUCAGAUUGAUCGGUUGUGGCAGGGUCUCGCUGAGUCCUAUUAACAGGCAAACUUCGCUACCCUAUAUUUGGUUUUCAUCCUAAUUUGUGAAACCCUACUAUAUCAUAAAAACAAAUUGGUUCAAGUUUAUAAGGUUUCUGGUAUGUGUAACUCGUGGUAUGAUUUAUGAGAGAUCUUGUAUGCUUUAAUAAACUUUUGAUAUACUAUAUGAGGUGAUAGACCAAUAAUUACACAUGUUUAUGCCUCUAUUCUUGAGCCGUUUGAGAGUCGAUUCUCGUGUUUUAAGCCGAUUUCACGCUAGGUUGUAUGUUUAUGUCAUAUUUCAAGACUUGACGUUGAUGUGAAGGCGAGGAAACAAGUUUCGGGUAAAAAAGGAGGACAUUUGAGUGAAGGGCGCUGGAAGAGGAAAAUACCCGGCCAGGAGUUAAAAAUACCCGGCCGGGUAAAUUGCUGAGGGAGGCUGGGGAUUCACGUUUUUGGACGCCAAGAAGCAGGAGGGGUCCCGACCAGAGAGCAAAAAUACCCGUCGGGUAUUCGGGGCCACGACCGGGUAUUAAUCCCCUACGCGAAACUGUGCGUUUUGAAAUCCCUGGUCGGACACCUAAAAUACCCGACCGGGUAUUAUGGCCGGGGAUCACGAUCUGCUGACUCUUAAGGAAAAGAAGGCCAACUUUUGAAGGGUUCCGAGUUUUAGAGAGAAAAAGCUGAUACCUAGAGAGAGAGAGAGAGAGUGACGAACCUGAUUCUCUAAGUGCCCUAGAUCGAUCUUCAUCACCAUUGGAGCCCGGCUUGAGCUUGGAGAAGUGCCGAUUGGUUGCCAGAAGCAGAAUCCCAUCCUUCACAGUAUGGUUUCCGCAUCUGAGCUAGAUUUCCCUUCUCUCUCUAUGGAGUAAACUUUCUCAUUCACAUGGAUAUGAAGAACCCUAGAUUUGUAUGUUAGGUCUGAUUGUAUUAACCCAAGUACGAAUUCAGUGAUAUGAUUAUAUUCAAUUGAGGUUUGAUUUCUUGAAUGACAUGAAUCUUGAUCAAAUUCCUGUUAUUUCUGAUUUGACCUAGAAAGAGAGUAUCUGCCUAGGUUGAUAGAGCACCCUUGUUUGAAGGCAGUGAAUUGACGACUCUAGUCGAGAAGUCAAUUCACUAUUCUGUACCGGAUUUACUUCGGUAGAGGAGGUUUGGUUCGUUAGGGCCUCAAUCUGUUUACUCCGGUGGAGGUUGGUCGCCCGCUGGGGACUCAGAUUGAGAGGGACUGGAGACCUUUAGUCGAGACUGCAGACUGUUUAAGAACCUCCCGCAAUAUAACUAUCAUUGAAAUUGAACUUGGUAAAUUACAACCUAGCUUAACUGCAGUCUAGGGGGAACCAUAUCUGGGUGACCUCUCUCAACUUGAACACAACUUUCACUGCUUUGCUUUCUAGUUUAACUAAACCUUCACUACACUAGAACCGCUAAAUAAUAAGAUUUUCACGGAGUAGUCAUCACACCUAGGACCCGGGUUGACAUUUAGAACUGAACUCGCUAUACUACACAUUAGUAGGUGGUUGCACUUGGCCACUUUCUAGUGUGACGGUAGAGGCGUGUCUAGUUUUUGGCAUCGUUGCCGGGGACGGCUAGGUUGUUGAAGAAACGUGAUUUCUGUUACUUUAGCAUUUCCAUUUCCGCAUUGAUUUUUUGCUUUUUCCUGCUUGUGCCUUCACGGGUUUGAUUGUUUGGCUGUGUGCAGGUAGUGCAUGACCCGUAGCCAGUCGGGAGGUUUACUACCGUUAGAUCCGGAGUUAGAAUGCACAUGUCGCCAACUAAGGAGACAACAGGGGGAACCUCAACCUGGGGCAUAACCAACCCCUCGGGAUGUCCAUGCAGGUUCCCCCAGUGAAUCAGAUCCUGGGGAACAACCCAUUCCCCCAAGCAGAUGGGGCUUAGCAUCCACCACCGCCGUCGGGUCCUACUAUGGAGUACUACUACACUCCACGGGUCGCCGACAUCCGCCCCGUCAUCCUCUAUCCGCCCAUUCUAGCAAACAACUUUGAGAUCAAGUCAUGCUGGAUUCAGUUGAUUGCAUCCUCUAUCCAGUUCCAUGGCUUAAAGGAUGAAGAGGCGCCUUUCCCGGUUCCUACAGCUGACAAAUGGAUUCAAGAUGAAUGGUGUACCUGAUGAUGCGAUCCGUCUCCACCUUUUCCCUCAUUCUCUGGCGGGGCAUGCGAAGAGGUGGUUAGAGACCCAUCCCCCACUAUCCAUCACAUCGUGGGACGACUUGGCCGACAAAUUGGUGCACAUGUAUUAUCCGGCCUUGAAGACCAUGGAGAUUCAACAGGAGAUCACUCAUUUCCGCCAGGAGCCAGAUGAGUCACUACGUGAUGCCUGAGAGCGGUUCUCGAGAUUCUUAUGGUAGUGUCUCCCUCACGUCUUCAGUGAUGCAUUCACAGUGGGGAAUUUCUACAACGCUCUGACCCCAAAAAGCUAGAAGGUGAUCGAGUUUCUAUGCCCAGGAGGGGAUAUUCUCACAAAGACUCCACCCGAGCUGAAUAAGAUAAUCAGUACUCU